GGUUUCCGGGUCGGGGGGCGGAAGUGGGGAGUACCUGGUGCGGGGCGAGGGGCGCGGAGGAGGUGCUGGGGCGCUUCGGGCCGGCGGCAUGAAGGGAGGCGCUGCAGAUUGCUGGAGGUCUGAUCUGUGUGGCACCAUGGACUCAUCAGAAGAGACUGGAGGCUCCUCUGCAGAAGAGAACUACUUUGUGAACUACACCUUCACCGACCGCUCCCACUCAGGCCGUGUGGCCCAGGGUAUUAUGAAAUUAUGCUUGGAGGAUGAGCUCUUUGCUGAUGUUACAAUAUCAGUGGAAGGCAAAGAAUUCCAGCUGCACCGUUUGGUCCUCUCAGCUCAGAGUUGCUUUUUCCGUUCUAUGUUCACUUCCAACCUAAAGGAGGCCCACAACCGGGUGAUUGAGCUGCAGGACGUUAGUGAGAGUGUCUUUCAGCUCCUUGUGGAUUAUAUUUACCAUGGGACUGUAAAGCUGAGGGCUGAGGAGUUGCAGGAAACCUAUGAAGUGGCAGACAUGUACCAGCUGACUGCCCUUUUCGAAGAGUGCUCCCGUUUUCUGGCCCGUACAGUGCAGGUUAGGAACUGUCUGCAGGUCAUGUGGUUGGCAGAUCAACACAGUGACAUGGAGCUCUACACAGCUGCCAAGCACUGUGCAAAGUCACAUUUGUCUCAACUGCAAGACACAGAGGAGUUCCUGCACCUGCCUGUCCGCUUACUCACAGACAUCCUUACAGAUGGCGUUCCAUGUUCUCAGAAUCCAACGGUUGCCAUAGAAACCUGGAUCAACUUCAACAAGGAAGAGCGAGCGAGCUUUUCGGAGACACUGCAAUCAAGUCUGAAGGCUUUGAGGCUCCAAAUCCUGAAUGCUGUAGGGUGGCAGGACUUGGGAAGCAGGUCACACACCUCAGGCCCACAGGUAAUUGGAGAAAAUGUUCACAUCUACCUGAUUGGAAAGGAGUCGUCACGUACCCACUCACUGGCUGUCUCUCUGCAUUGUGCUGAUGAUGAUUCCAUAAGCGUGAGUGGCCAGAACAGCCUGUGUCACCAGAUCACUGCAGCCUGCAAGCACGGUAGUGACCUGUAUGUUGUUGGUGGCUCCAUUCCACGACGCAUGUGGAAAUGCAACAAUGCGACUGUAGACUGGGAAUGGUGUGCCCCUCUACCCCGUGACCGGCUCCAACACACUCUUGUCUCUGUGCCAAGCAAGGAUGCAAUAUAUUCACUGGGGGGUAAAACUCUACAGGACACACUCUCUAAUGCUGUCAUAUAUUACAGAGUACGAGACAAUGUAUGGACAGAGACCAGCCAGUUGGAAGUGGCAGUCUCUGGAGCUGCAGGUGUAAACCUUAAUGGUGUCAUUUACCUGCUGGGGGGUGAGGAAAAUGACUUGGACUUCUUCACCAAGCCCUCUCGGCUAAUUCAGUGCUAUGAUACCAACACAGAGAAAUGCCAUGUGAAGCCAUAUGUACUGCCUUUUGCAGGGCGCAUGCAUGCUGCUGUACACAAGGAUGUGGUGUUCAUUGUAGCUGAGGGGGAUUCACUGCUAUGCUAUAAUCCCCUACUGGAUAGCUUCACCCGGCUAUGCCUGCCAGAUGCUUGGAGCUCAGUACCAUCCCUCUGGAAAAUUGCCAGCUGCAAUGGCAGCCUCUAUGUUUUUCGCGACCGCUAUAAAAAGGGUGAUGCAAAUACUUUUAAACUUAACCCAGCCACUUCUGUUGUAACAGUCAUGAGUGGCAUCAAAGUGCUGCUCACUAACUUGCAGUUUGUCCUGGCCUAAGUGGGAAAAACAGGCCCAGUGGUAGAAAGGGCAGCCACGGUGUUCUGCUGUGCAGCUCAGAGCUAUCCACCACCCUCAGCACCAGUCCCAGUUACUAUGAGCUCACAACAUCCAGUAAAGACCCCAUCCUCUAAACCUGUGCAGAACAAGUACAGGCUCUCCGGCUGCAGGCCUGUUCUUCUACAUAGCACUAUUAAAGUUGAACUGCAGCAUCUUAGAUUUCAGAUGGACUAAAUGCUAUUACUUUGAUCCCUUCAUGAUAAGCUGCCUGUGUUUGAGGCCCAAACUACAACAAAUGGCCUUUUUAGCCUGCAACCAAUCUGCUAAUAAAUCCUAUAGCGUAUGGACAGUAUCCUCCUUGGCCCAGACUGCUAGUUUUAACUGCCUGGGAGACUAUGUGUUGCUGCUGUGUCAGUUGCAGAUGUGGACUGCAUCCUCCAGGGACGUCCCCAUUCAAACAUUCCUGUGUCCUUGUUGCAGAAGAAGGGACUGGCAGAAAUAUUUACAGCAGACAGAUUCCAGAGCUGACCCCAAGACCUUUAGUAGGUUGCAUUAUUCAGUACUUUUAGAGGAGUGGGAACUUGCUUACUGCUCUGUCAUCACCUAGCAUAAAGAGGGAGAUCAUUUUUAUGAGCAUUGGCUUCCUUUACUGUACAGGGAACCCCACCUGUAAUCAUAAUAUAGUGUUGGUGAAAGAUGGAAUUAAGACCACUCCUACCCCUCUCUGUUGGCACUGUAACCCUUUGGGUAAAAAUCUGAAUAAAGUCUCUGCUGAGACGAAGUUUUUUUUUUCCUUUGCUGCAAAUAUUAUAGAACUUCCUGUGGACUGCAGUUCAGCUCAGCACUGUGAUACUGUUUGUGGGACAGAACAGCUAUGGGGCUCUGAGAGCUAAGAGAUUAGCCAUAAGGAAAGAAAGCUUUAAUGAAACAGCCCAACCUCCCCUUUACUGUAAUUUAUGUAAAAAUUUCUUUAUUGAUGGUCAAGAAGUACAAUACUUAAGCCUUCACUACUACAUCAUUAAAAUGUAAGGUUUUUUUAAAGCA